AUGAACUUCGAGGAAAUCGAAGAGCAGGAUGGAAUCCGCUUCUCCUUCAACGCUUGGCCCUCAUCGCGACUGGAGGCCACCAGGACAGUCGUCCCCGUCGCUGCCCUGUACACCCCGUUGAAGGAACGCGAAGAUCUACCGCUGAUCUAUUACGAACCCGUCACCUGCAAGCAGCAUACAUGUGGUGCCAUCCUCAACCCCUACUGUCAAAUCGAUCCCCGAGGAAAGCUCUGGAUUUGCCCCUUCUGCUUGCACCGCAACCAAUUCCCUCCUCACUACCGUGACAUCUCCAACACCAAUCUUCCUGCAGAACUGCUCGCUAAGCACACGACUAUCGAAUAUACACUCGCCAGGAGUGCCCAAGUCCCGCCGAUCUUCCUUUACGUUGUAGAUACGUGCAUUGACGAUGACGACCUCAAGGCCUUGAAGGACUCCUUAGUCGUCAGCUUGAGUUUGCUUCCUCCGCAUGCUCUUGUUGGUCUGAUCACCUACGGCACUAUGACCCAGGUCCACGAAUUGGGGUACAGUGAAUGUCCAAAGUCAUAUGUAUUCCGCGGGAACAAGGACUAUACCUCCAAGCAAAUUCAGGAGAUGCUUGGGCUAACCGCCCAGGCGAUGCGCCCCCAGCAGCCGGUCAGACCUGGACAGCCAGCACCGUUUGUCCCCAGCGGCAACUCUCGCUUCUUGCUGCCCAUUCAACAGUGUGAGUACACUCUGUCGUCAAUUUUGGAGCAGCUCCAGCGUGAUCCUUGGCCUGUAGCCACCGACAAGCGUCCUCAGCGCUGCACCGGUGUCGCUAUGAGUGUUGCUGUUGGUUUGCUGGAGACCGCGUAUCAAAAUAACGGUGGCCGCGUGAUGUUGUUUGUCGGCGGUGCGGGGACAGAGGGCCCUGGAAUGGUCGUUGGACCAGACCUCAAGGAGCCUAUUCGGUCUCACCAUGAUAUUGAGAAGGAGAACGUCAAGCAUUACAAAAAGGCUUCCAAGUUUUAUGAGGGACUUGCCACGAGAGCAUCAACCAAUGGACAUGUCAUUGAUAUUUUCGGAGGAUGCUUGGAUCAAAUCGGACUCUUGGAAAUGAAGGCGAUGGUCAACUUUACUGGAGGCACCAUGGUUCUUUCGGACUCCUUCACCACCGCUAUUUUCAAGCAGAGCUUCCAGAAGAUGUUUGAGAAGGACGGCGAAGGUCACCUGAAGAUGGGCUUCAAUGGCACAUUAGCCGUACAAACAACGAAGGAGCUGAAGAUUUGUGGGCUGAUUGGCCAUGCAGUAUCCGCCAACAAAAAGACAGCAUCCGUGGGCGAAACUGAAAUCGGAAUCGGUAACACGUCAGCAUGGAAGAUGUGCGGUAUCAAUUCUAGGACGACAAACGCCAUCUAUUUUGAGGUGGUCAACCAGCAGGGGCAGUCCCUUCAGCCCGGCUCUCGCGGGCUCAUCCAGUUCGUAACCCACUAUCAGCAUUCAAGCGGACACUUCAAGUUGCGCGUCACCACUGUCGCUCGCAGUUGGGUAGAGGGAAAUAGCCCCAUCAUUGGUCAGUCAUUCGAUCAAGAGACGGCAGCUGUUCUUAUGGCCCGUAUUGCUGUAUUCAAAGCUGACAUUGAUGACGGCCCAGACGUGUUGCGCUGGUUGGACAGGAUGCUGAUCCGACUCUGCCAGAGGUUUGCAGAUUACCGCAAGGAGGAACCCCAGUCGUUCCGGCUCUCUGAAAACUUCUCGAUCUACCCGCAAUUUAUGUUCCAUCUCCGCCGUUCACAGUUCCUGCAGGUCUUCAACAAUUCACCUGACGAGACAGCCUACUACCGACACGUACUGAAUCAUGAGGAUGUGAACAAUUCUUUGAUCAUGAUCCAGCCAACACUCAUGUCGUAUGGGUUCGAGGGCGAACCCGUACCAGUUCUGCUGGACAGUAUAUCCAUUAAGCCUGACACUAUCCUGCUGCUGGAUACCUUCUUUUAUAUCCUUAUUUUCCAUGGAGAGACGAUUGCGGCAUGGAGAAAGGCUGGUUACCAUGAACAGGCUGGAUACGAGAACUUCAAGGAGCUCUUGGAAUUACCAGUAGCAAAUGCCCAGGAGCUGUUGGUCGAUCGUUCUCCGAUUCCACGAUACAUUGUGUGCGACCAAAAUGGAUCUCAAGCACGCUUCUUGUUGUCAAAGUUGAAUCCAUCGACAACACAUGUCUCUGGAGGACAGUAUGGUAGCGCACCGGCCGGUCAGGCUAUUUUCACUGACGAUGUGUCCCUCCAGGUCUUUAUGGAGCACUUGAAGAAGCUCGCUGUUGCCGGUACAUCAUAA